GGAGACCUGUCCCAGUUUAAGUGUAUAUAAUCGGCCAGUAGGUGUUGUCCAAGGAUGAAAGGGGAAGCGUUCAGUGUCCGUCAACUUCUCCUUCUUCAGUGCACUGUCCCCAACUACGUCCGCAAGAUUUCGAGCAGUCUCCAACAUGUCCAGCCCAUUUCCCGCGCCACCGCCUCCGCAGAGCCCAUUGGCUCGCUACCAGAUACUGUCUCCAACGGCAUCGGUUCGUGUAAGCCCGCUGUGCCUGGGCGGCAUGAACUUUGGUGACGCCUGGAAGGAUUACAUGGGAAAGUGUGAUGAGAAGACGACCGAGGAGAUCCUGGACUACUUCUACGAGCAAGGAGGCAACUUCAUCGACACGGCCGGCAACUACCAGUUCGAGGAGUCCGAGCAGCGGAUCGGCGCGUGGAUGAAGAAGCGCAACAACCGCGACCAGAUGAUCAUCGCCACCAAGUUCUCCACCAACUACCAGGCCGCCUACCCGCCGAAGCAGAAGAUCCUCAUCAACUUCAACGGCAACGGCUCCAAGUGCCUGCACACCUCGGUCGAGGCCAGCCUGAAGAAGCUGCAGACCGACUAUAUCGACAUCCUCUACGUACACUGGUGGGACUUCUCGACCUCGAUCCCGGAGCUGAUGCAGUCCCUCAACCACCUGGUCGCGGCGGGGAAGGUGCUCUACCUCGGCGUGUCCGACACCCCGGCCUGGGUGGUCAGCCGGGCGAACGAGUACGCGCGCAGCCACGGGCUGCGCCAGUUCUCCGUGUACCAGGGGCGCUGGUCCGCCGCGGUGCGCGACUUCGAGCGCGAGAUCAUCCCCAUGUGCCGCGCCGAGGGCAUGGCGCUGGCGCCCUGGGGCGCGCUCGGCGGCGGCGCGUUCAAGACGGAGGCGCAGCGGCAGGCCGCGGAGCGCGACGGCCGCGCCGUGCCCCCUACCGAGUCCGACGUCAAGGUCAGCAGGGCGCUCGAGGCGGUCGCCGCGCGCAAGGGCGGCGUGCCCAUCACCAGCGUGGCGCUGGCGUAUGUGCGGAGCAAGGCGCCGUAUGUGUUCCCCAUCGUGGGCGGCCGGACGGUGGAGCAUCUGAAGGGGAACAUCGAGGCGCUGAAGCUGAAGCUGUCGGAGGAGGAUAUCCGCGAGAUCGAGGCGGCCGUGCCCUUCGAUCUCGGCUUCCCGCUCAAUUUCUUGUGGGGGCAGACCGUUCCCGAGACGCCGGGUACUGUGCGGCUCUUGGCCAUGGGGGGAACUACGGACUACGUCCCAGAGCCCAAGCCUUUCGGCAGGGAGUGAGGGCUUGCUCUAUGAGCAUGGCAUGGGAUUGCGCUGCCGGGUGCGACGUGGCUGCGGUGUGGAACGCCUGUUGGACAGUUGCAGACGAAUAUCUACGACGGUGGGCAAAGAGUGAUUGGAAAGGAUGCAGAAACGCGCUUGAGAACACAGGCAACAUCGAGCAAGGGGUGACCGAGGUGGACGACAUGGUACAUGGGCUGCCACCAUACGCUCAUCUUGAGAACUGAAACGAUGUAUAUGUGCUUACCCAGGCGAGAAGUAGGUGCAGCGGAAGCUGGGGACUGCAGUAAGCAGCGGCCUGCUGAGCUGCCAGAAGCUCUCUUUUCGAUC